GGCGCUGGAGCUGGGGCCAGAGGAGGGACGCGCCGGAGCGGGGCCGCCGGGACUGAGCGAGCGACAGACGCGCCACCCGCCGACGCCGCAGCCGCCAGGGGCCCGUACGGACCCUCUGCUUCAGUAUAGAAUGAGCCAAGGAGACUCAAACCCAGCAGCUAUCCCACAUGCAGCGGAAGAUAUUCAAGGAGAUGACAGAUGGAUGUCUCAGCACAACAGAUUUGUCCUGGACUGUAAAGACAAAGAGCCUGAUGUACUGUUUGUGGGAGACUCCAUGGUGCAGUUAAUGCAGCAGUAUGAGAUAUGGCGAGAACUUUUUUCCCCACUUCAUGCACUGAAUUUUGGAAUUGAGGGAGAUACGACAAGACAUGUUUUAUGGAGACUAAAGAAUGGAGAACUGGAGAAUAUUAAACCUAAGGUCAUUGUUGUCUGGGUAGGAACAAACAACCAUGAAAAUACGGCAGAAGAGGUAGCAGGUGGAAUUGAGGCCAUUGUACAACUUAUCAACACAAGGCAGCCACAGGCCAAAAUCAUUGUAUUGGGUUUGUUACCUCGAGGUGAGAAGCCCAACCCUUUGAGGCAAAAGAAUGCCAAGGUGAACCAACUUCUCAAGGUUUCCCUGCCGAAGCUUACCAAUGUGCAGCUCCUGGAUACAGAUGGGGGCUUUGUGCACUCGGACGGUGCCAUCUCCUGCCACGAUAUGUUUGAUUUUCUGCAUCUCACAGGAGGGGGCUAUGCAAAGAUCUGUAAACCCCUCCAUGAACUGAUCAUGCAAUUGUUGGAAGAAACACCUGAGGAGAAACAAAACACCAUUGCCUGACUGGCUCCCAUCAGUGUUAAUAGCAUCCCAGCUUCCUCAGAUCAGUAUGUCACUGGCACUACAGAAUCCUUCUCUUUCUUAAGGCACUUUGCAUUGUAGAAUGUUCCUGGAUGUUCAUAUCUAGUGUUUGAAAGGGAGGAGGGAUUUAAACUGGUCCUGUACAGUUUGUUUGACACAGGAGAAAAAUUAGCCAAGGAAGAUUGUAGUUUAAAUUCAUUUGAAACCAGAAGGGGACUUUUUAGUUGUAUGUGUGACCAAUUUGUUGAAUUAUCACUGUUUUUCCUAGGAUAACAGCAAGCCUAAGUACUGAACAAUAUGAAGAUUCUUUUCUUGGCCUUUCUCUCUAUGGAUUAUGUCAUAUAUAAUUAUCAGAAUGACCUACUUGGCUUUAAAACAUGUUUUUUUCUAAUUUUUAAGGUUCAUAAUUUAGCCUUUUGUUUUUAUUUUGCUUUCAUUUGUGUCCUUAAUAUUUUCUUAACAUUUAGCAUCAGAUUGAACAUGCUUUGUCAUUCAAAUAUGAGAGACACUAUAGUUACAAGUGAAUUUGUUCCACUUCUUAAUCUUUCCCAUGCUAAGCAAUGAAAAAACAGGUUUUGCCCCAUUCAGGAGACUUCUUGGAGGGUAUUAUUUUUAUGCUGCUGAAUAUCAUGUCUAUAAUAGACCCAUGCAUGCAACCCUUCCUCCUCAUCCUCCCCUACACCCCCCUUUUUUUUGGUCCUCGUUGACAUUACAACCUUUUAACACAUUUUUGGCCUAGGAGCUCUGUUGCUGGAAAUAUAAGUCCCAGCCAGUUAUUCUCAUCAUAUUGCCGAUGUAGAACUCAUUCUUGUGUGGUGUUCUGUGCUAUAGAGUCUGUGUAGUGUUAUCCAUAUUCAGAGUUCUGGUUUGUUUUGUUUUUCCCUUAAAAUCUGUUACAGUUCCCUUUUUUGGGAAAAAAAAAUCAGAACUCUGUUUCCCAUUCCAAAAUGUCUGACAUUAUUUCAAGUUUUAUAAUAUCUUAAGGUGUAUAUUUUAUUUUUUUUUAUUGGCUUAGUUUUUAAAUUAUAUUAAUCCCACCAAAAUUUGGCCUUUUCCCAUGGGGAAGCAAGUGAAGCUGCUCUUCAGAACAGACAUUCUACCUUUAUCCCAUCAUUUUAAUAACAAAAGAACUAGGUUUGUGUAACUUUUAAGGUUUCUCAUUAAUGUACCUUCACCUGAGAAUUUCUUUGAAGAGAACUCUUUAUAAUCUUAAUGUUUGCUUGAGCUAUGAGAACUGCCAUUUAGAAAAAUAAUGGGAUAAUAGAUGGUUUAUUGUUCAGUAUACUUAUGGAAUGUGUACAAACUGAAUCUAUAAAUAGAUAUUUUGAACUGGACCAGGUGGGUAUUGAAGUAACACCCAUCAAAAUGUGCUCUGCAGUGAUUCUGCUUAAUGUUCAAGUUCAAUUACUGAGGUAAUAUGUUUUAUGUUAUGUUUGCAAGGCAAAUGGCAGUGCUUUUGUGUGUUGGAGGAGGGGUUACUGAUCUGUGCUAAGACCCACUUCUGAUUGAGAGGGAUAGAACUUGGGCUGAUUUUUUUUUUUCUUGUCAAGCCUCUUUGUAGAAAUUUUCUUGUUUUUGUUCUUUGUCGUUUUUUUAAAAAAAGUACUUUUUUGAAUGUAUCAUGUCUUUAUUAACAACAGAAAAUACACAUGGUGUUUACUAAACUUGUUUACUAUAUUAAAAUUUCCUUUUUAUUUUUAGUAGCCCAGGUUCCUGAGUUUUUCAAGACAGAUUUUUUUUUUCAGCUGAGGUAUAGUUGUAUAUAGGAGGGAGAAUUAAGCCAGAAUUUUGUGUGUGAAAAGACAGUUUCCUAUCCAGGUCUUUUUCCGUUCGUCACAGGAUGGGAGUAUUGUCCAAAUAAACCCAUUAGGUUACUCCUGCAGCAUGCGCUUUUAGCUUCUCUCUUAACUGAGGAUCAAAUAUCCCUUUGUGAGCUGGCCUUCAGCUCCUUUGCUUAUGUGUAGAAACCUCAGAUGUUACUACAUUUUGUAUCUACCAGAGCUAUUCAAGCAAUAGUUAUUUGAACCACUAGCCUUUUAAAUAAAAUUCUGCCCCAUUACUAAUGUGCAGAUACUGAGUUCACUUUCAUUUCUUGCCAUAUUUCUUUGUACUGCUUUAGGCAAAAAGUGUUAAUCUGUUUUCCUUUGAUGGACAUCCCAGUUUGCUUCAGUGACUGAACUUACUGAUUAGUCUUUGUACUUUUUUUAUCUGUAAAUUUAAUGCACUGUCCAAGUGAAAUGUUCUAGUUGUCAUUGUGAUUAAGGGGCCAACUUUCCAGGCAGCUAGCAGAGAUAUUAUUCUGUUCCUCUCACAGCAAACUUUAAUUCCUUUGCCCAUGCAUUCCUGCUGCACUAGAUGGCAGCCAGUGAUAAAGAUGUCUGUGGUCAUAACUUGAAUGUGGCAGGUUGAAAAUGUACUGCCAGGGGUGAUCCUAGGGCAGGUUGUUUUGCUGUCCACAUAUUCUAGAUUGCCAUAGGCAGUCCUUUGGCUACCACCUUGGGUCUUUGGACUAUUGAAGGCAUCUGCCUAAACCCGAAAUCUUUUGUCAAAAACCUUAACCUGACACAAGUCUUGAGUAGCUCAUGCCUUGCUCUGAAGAAUUCUGUCUCAUCGUUAAAAAAAAAAAAAUUCCAACUUUCUUUUUUUAUUUUUUUUAACCUAGUCACUGUUUACAGUUGUAUGCUAAAGCCUGAAAUAUUGUCUGUGCUGUGGUGUAUGAGCAUUGCCAAUUUUAUAUUUAUUGCAGUGAAGAAGAAACUAAAAAUAUAUGAAAAUAAGGAGCAUGUCCAAGCUCCUAAAUCUUGUGUGGGUGCAUGUGGGAGAAGUGAGUUGGGGCCUCUUGAAAGGAGGCAUUUUGGAGAGGGGUCCCCCGGGCUUCUUCUCGGUGUUCCUGCUUGGGGAUCACUGCUGCUAGCUGACUGGACCUCCCCAACGAAAGUUUGUGAUUCUGCUUUGGCAAAGUUCCAUUGACUAGUAGAACUCAUUCUGUUUUAGUGUAUAUUUCAAUAUAAAUGUAAACAUUUCGCUCAAA